AAUCAGAGCUCUUGGUAGCAGCUCCGCCUGCUGCCCUGCCUUCACUGCAGGCAGACUGAACUGAACAGGAAGCAGCCUGAUCCCCUAGGGCUUCCAAGGCCUCUCUAGAGUUCCCCUUAGUCUCUGGAUCUUUGCAAAAUCCCUGUACUCAUCUUAGCUAUCCAUCCCCAGCCCCCACGCCUGCAGUUGCAAUCAGAGGCACCCCCUGACCCAAAAGGGCAUGGCCAGACCUAGGCAUCUCCGGGGUCUGGGGAUGUGCAUUACUGUGACGCUGGUCUCCUUCAUCGCGGGCUUUAUUGUGGGCUGGUUUAUUAAGCCUCUCAAAGAAACAACUACUUCAGCUGGUUAUCAUCAAAGUAUACAACAGAAACUCUUAUCUGAAAUGAAAGCUGAGAACAUUAGAUCAUUUCUUCGUUCCUUUACAAAACUUCCCCAUCUGGCAGGAACGGAACAAAAUUUACUGCUUGCCAAGAAAAUCCAAACACAGUGGAAGAAAUUUGGAUUAGAUUCAGCCAACCUGGUUCAUUAUGAUGUUCUCUUGUCUUACCCAAAUGAGACGAAUGCAAACUAUAUAUCCAUUGUGGAUGAACAUGGAAUUGAGAUUUUUAAAACAUCAUACCUUGAACCACCACCAGAUGGAUAUGAAAAUGUUACAAACAUCGUACCACCAUAUAAUGCGUUUUCAGCCCAUGGCAUGCCAGAGGGAGAUCUUGUGUAUGUCAACUAUGCUCGUACUGAGGACUUCUUCAAACUAGAAAGAGAGAUGAACAUCAACUGCACUGGCAAGAUUGUUAUUGCAAGAUAUGGGAAAAUCUUUAGAGGAAACAAAGUCAAAAAUGCCAUGCUAGCCAGAGCCAUGGGAAUCAUUCUAUACUCUGAUCCAGCUGACUACUUUGCCCCUGAUGUACAGCCAUAUCCCAAAGGAUGGAACCUUCCUGGAACUGCAGCCCAGAGAGGAAAUGUUCUAAAUCUGAAUGGGGCCGGUGACCCACUCACUCCAGGCUAUCCAGCUAAAGAAUACACCUUCAGACUUCCUGUUGAAGAAGGAGUGGGGAUACCAAACAUACCCGUACAUCCGAUUGGAUAUAAUGAUGCAGAAAGACUAUUACGCAACUUGGGAGGAACUGCUCCACCAGACAAAAGCUGGAAGGGAAGUCUAAAUGUUAGUUACAAUAUCGGGCCUGGCUUUACAGGAAGUGAAUAUUCCAGGAAAGUUAGAAUGCAUGUUAAUAACAUUAACAAAAUCACAAGAAUUUACAAUGUAAUUGGAACUAUCAGAGGGUCUACAGAGCCUGAUAGGUAUGUCAUUCUUGGAGGUCACCGUGACUCCUGGGUGUUUGGAGGGAUUGACCCUACCACUGGGACAGCAGUUUUGCAAGAGAUUGCACAAAGUUUUGGGAAACUGGUGAAUGGAGGCUGGAGACCUAGGAGAACUAUCAUUUUUGCCAGCUGGGAUGCAGAAGAGUUUGGGCUGCUGGGUUCAACUGAAUGGGCUGAAGAGAAUGCAAAGAUCCUACAGGAGAGAAGCAUUGCCUACAUCAACUCAGAUUCAGCUAUAGAAGGUAAUUACACUCUCCGAGUCGAUUGCACUCCUCUUCUGCACCAGUUGGUGUAUAAAGUGGCAAGAGAGAUCUCCAGUCCUGAUGAUGGUUUUGAAAGUAAGUCACUUUAUGAAAGCUGGCUGGAAAAAGACCCUUCACCUGAAAAUAAAGAAUGUCCUAGAAUCAAUAAGCUGGGAUCUGGGAGUGAUUUUGAGGCUUACUUUCAAAGACUUGGAAUUGCUUCAGGCAGAGUUCGCUACACUAAGAACAAGAAAACAGACAAAUACAGUAGCUAUCCUGUAUACCAUACCAUCUAUGAGACGUUUGAAUUAGUACAGAACUUUUAUGACCCCACAUUUAAAAAGCAUCUUUCUGUGGCUCAAUUACGAGGAGCACUGGUCUAUGAGCUUGCAGAUUCUGUAGUCAUUCCUUUCAACAUUCAAGACUAUGCAAAAGCCUUGAAAAACUAUGCAGAAAGUAUCUUCAACUUAUCCAAGAAACAUGAUCAGCAAUUGAGAAACUAUGGAGUGUCAUUUGAUCCCUUAUUUUCUGCUGUGAAAAACUUUUCAGAGGCUGCUUCAGACUUUCACAGAAGACUUACACAAGUGGAUCUUAAUAAUCCUAUUGCAGUAAGAAUUAUGAAUGACCAGCAGAUGCUUCUUGAAAGAGCAUUCAUAGAUCCUCUUGGUUUACCUGGGAGGCAGUUCUACCGGCACAUCAUCUUUGCUCCAAGCAGCCACAACAAAUAUGCCGGAGAAUCAUUCCCUGGGAUUUAUGAUGCCAUGUUUGAUAUUGAAAAUAAGGCAGACCCUCACUUGGCCUGGGCGGAAGUGAAGAAACACAUUUCUAUUGCAGCUUUCACGAUUCAAGCAGCAGCAGGGACGUUGACAGAUGUGUUAUAGGAAGGUUCUGUCAAGCAGGUUCAUCACUAUAAAAAUAUUGCUUGGUGUCUGAGAGUGAAACUGUUGGGGAGUGGGUAUUGGCCAAAUGACCCUGCUAAAGGUCAUUUGAAACCUGCUGCUGAGAAUCUGAAGAAAAAAAAAAAAAAAAGCAUCUUUUUCUCUGAUGAUUUACAAAGCUAGACAAUCCUAAAACCGUGACUGUCAUGACAUGUUUUGUCCUUCUACCUUAUUUAUCUGUAAAGAGGGUUUUAAAAACUCUUAUAUGCAUAUCCAGUAAAAGUAAAACAGGAAGCAACCUCAAUGCUCAUAGGUGGAGGAUUGGACUCACUGUGGUAUAUACACAUACAUGCAUGCAUUCUCAUAUCAAGUAUUGGUUGGUUCUUUACUUCACCAAAUAAUUGAAAAUAAAAAGUUAUUUAAUUUACUCUGUCAGCAUCAAGAAGCAUCAAAGGAGAUGGUCUGAACAGAAUAUAAGAGCUGGAAGAUGGGAAGGAGUGCUGUGAAAUGGUCAUCUGGACAUUAUCGUUGUACACAUGAACUGUACAAUUGUGUUAUAUACACAAGAUUAAGCAAAAGAUUCCAAAACAGACAGGAGAUGGACUCAUGAGGUCCCACCUGCAAAUGAACAAUUACUGGCUAGGGGAGAGGAAGCUAGUUUUUCAGGGCUAUAGUCACUGGUAAGUUGUUCAGCUUUCAGUAAACAGGAGCACUACCAUGAAAAUGUAAGCAAAUCUAAUUAAACUCAGUGAAUUAAAAAAAAAACCAUGAAAGUAGUAGAAAGUAUUCAGAAGAGAGUUUUUGAAGGGAAUGGGAGAGUGGUAAGAAAAGGGACUGGGGUGUGUGUGUGAAUAUACUCAAAAUAUAUUAUACACAUGCAGUAAUUUAUAAAGAAUAAAAAAUAACCUUAGACAAGCACACUAACUAAAAUAGUAAGCAACAGCUAAGUUUGAGCACAAGAAGAAAUGAUCUCACUAUUCUUCCAUCCUGGCUAGCAAGACAGUCUGAUUUAAUGAGGGGACUGUUAGGCAAAUACAAAGCUUGCUGAACAUGAGACAGGGCAGAAAGACAAAGACAAGGCAAUAUGAAGAAAGCGAGCCCCUCAUGUCAGGGUCUGGCUGAAGUCUUGAAGGAUUACACACUAACAAAGUUUGCUGUUAAGACUGCCUACGUGGGUAAUAUUUCUCAUAUAGAGAUAUUUUAAUUAAGAAUGUUAAAAUGGUAUUAAGACAUGCCUAAAUUUAGGAUGAGAAUAAAUGACUGCUGAGUUUGGGUUUAUUCCUUUCCCACUUAUAAACCUGUAAUAUUUCAAGGAUUUCACAAGACUAUAAUAAACUGUGUUUCCAGUUAAACGU